GCUCGGUGGUUUAGGGAAAUGCGGAGGAGGAGUUGCCGUCAGUGGCCCAAGAGGAAACUACCCUGUCAGUUGAGAGUGGUUACAGAGCGAGGUGCAGCUCGCAACCUACGUCGGAGCAUCUUAAGCAAAGCAAAAGCAGCUGAGUGAACAUCUGUCUCCUGUGGAUUCGUACUUUCACGAAGGAUAUGGAGUUUAAAUUCUGUGCGUAAAAGACACCGUUGGCGAUAUGGGUUUGGUUACUGGAGAAUUGGAGGAAUACGUAUUAAUGGGAAGGGUCACUGCUUCGGAAGUGAGGAGAGACUCUUUGCUCAACGUGAAUCAGUGAAAGAAUUCCUUGCAGGUAUGAGCACCACGGCGCCACCCGGCAGAUUUCCACCGCCCACCAUCCCGGUGAUUAUGUUCAUCUUCGGGGUGGUGGGAAAUGUCAUCGCCAUAGUUGUUCUGCGAAUAUCACGAAAGGAACGGAAAGAGACGACUUUUUACACACUUGUGUGCGGCCUGGCAGUCACAGACCUGCUGGGCACCUUGCUGGCCAGUCCCGUCACCAUCGCCACCUACAUCAAAGGCACCUGGCCUGGAGGGGAGCCUUUGUGCCAGUACUCCGGCUUCAUUCUGCUCUUCUUCUUCUUGGUUCAACUCAGCAUUGUAUUUGCAAUGUCAGUGGAAAGAUAUUUGGCAAUAAACCACGCGUAUUUCUACAAUGAGUAUGUCGACCAAAGACUCGCAGCGCUGGCACUUUUAGUCAUAUACAUUUCCAACAUCGUGUUUUGCGCGCUGCCCAGCUUGGGAUUCGGUCGGGUGACGCUCCAAAACUCCAAGACCUGGUGUUUCAUCGACUGGCAAAACAACCACACAACUGUCAAGACUUUUAAUUUGAUGUACGCGGGGGUGAAUUCGGGCAUCGUGCUGGCAACUAUCAUAUGCAACGUGACCGUGUUCGGAGCUCUGAUCCUAAUGCACAAGCGGUUCAUUCGCCGCACAUCUUUGGGAACAGACCCGCGGCGCGUCGCAGAGUUGCGGCGCAGACGGAAUUUUUCCCGAUUAGCUGGAGCAGAGAUCCAAAUGGUCAUCCUUCUUAUAGCUACAUCGGCUGUUGUCCUCGUCUGCUCCAUACCUUUAGUGCUGAGGAUCUUCCUAAAUCAGCUGUUCAGAAACCAGACAGAAGAGAAUGGGUUGCAUAGAGACCUGCAGGCCAUCCGCAUGGCUUCUGUCAACCCCAUCUUAGAUCCGUGGAUAUAUAUCUUGCUCAGAAAGACAGUUUUCCUCAAACUGAUGGAGAAAAUCAAGUGUCUGUUCUGCAAAAUGGGUGGACGGGGACAGGGUGGGCAUUUCCUCUGCGCUGACGGUCAUCUGUCUUCCAUCGUCUCUCGGGACUCUCCAUCACUGAUGUCCCAUGAGUUGCGGGAAAUGGUGAGCACGUCUCACACCAUGCUUUACCCCUCUGAGAGAAACACACAGACACAUGGACCAAUUCAAGCAGGGGUGGAGGGUGACUCUGCUCUUCCUGCUAUACAGACAUUACAGGCCCUACAGGAGGUUGAUGGGUCUAAGACUGUAUUAGAGGACAGUGUAUCAGAAAUGCCACUGAAAGAACUUCCAGUUUGCCCCAAAGACCCGACUCUACAAGUCACCUUUACAGAUGAGACUACAGAUAUGCAAGAAAAAUGCAUAUAACCAUUAUAAUAUUCCCCAUAAUAAGACUGUCGCCUCAAAGAUGGGAACUAGUGAAAGCACUGCAAACACAUCUGAAGACUGAAAAAUCUGUCAUCUGUAGCCAUCUUGUGGACUGCUAAGAACACUUGAGAGAUGAAUUACUGACCUUCUGUAAGUAUCAUUCUCAGUGCAUCGCUCCCCAUUAAUUCUUGACCAAAUCACUAAAUACGCAUCAAUACGAUCACAUAACUUAUAUCAGCAAAACCACAGGGAGCGUUAUAGAGCUCCCCCAUUGCACUUUUUGAAUUUCAGUCCAUUGCCGGGUUGCGCUCGUUUCCACAACCUGCACAAUGUCUGUAAAGAACUUGUGUUAAAAUGUGAACAGAGUACCAGGAUGUCAAUUUAUUUCAAAUAUGAAAUUGUACAUUACUGUCUUCUCCAUGAGAAAGUUCAGUUAGUUUGAAGCCAUUUCAAAUUGGUGCAGGGUGAAUAUGUGUGUGGUGUUUUUUUUUUGUUUCCUGGUUUUGUUUGUGUGUUUGUUUCAAUCAGUGACAUUUUAUGGGUUGACAGAGUUGCUCUUACAUCAAAACCAUAAUCUUGCCACCCCCUGAAUUUCAUAAAGGCAGCUAUACACUAGAUAUCCCAUAGUACAGACACUGGAGGAUGUUAGACUUCAAAGUGACCCCUAAAAAGCCCACUUAACCCAUUAUCUUAUUGACUUUACUUUUAAUGCUUUUAAUGCAAUGCGUAACAUUCCCAGCUAAUCGGAGUAUAUAAGGAAGAUAAGGCAGGAAAUUAGAACUGAAGCCAUUUUUGUGUCCUGUCUGAAUUUUUUUUAAAUUAUUUCCCGUUUUAGCAUGGCCUUGAUAUACUGCUGCUAUAAAGACUGAUACAAAUAUAAACACAUGUUCAUAUUCAGUGUCAAAUUUAUCACAAAAUGUUGUGUAAAUGUGUUUAAUAA